AAUCCUCUCCUGGCCGUGUGAUUCUGAGGGGUGGAAAUGGUCCGUGUGAAGGACAUGUUGAAAUCUACAUUCAGGGUAAAUGGGGUAUCGUCGGUGAUCAGUUCUGGGACCGGACCACAGAGGAGGUGGUCUGCAGGGCCACUGACUGCGGGGUCCCAGUAGAGGGCCAAACUGAAAAUGUGCUCCGGCCGCUCAACAAAAACGUAUGGCUCAAUGAGGUCGUGUGCACAGGAAACGAGAUGCACCUGCUGCAAUGCAAGUAUCCAGGUGAAGGGGUCAGUUUCUACCGCAAGGACACGGUGAAAAAGAUCAAAUGUUCACGUCAAAUCAAAAUCACCCUGACUCACUCUAAUUGUUCGGGAAUUGUCCAGUUUUCCUUCGAAGGAAAGUCAGGUCACUUCUGCUCUGAAGGCUUUGGUGAGAAUGAAACUUCCUUCACUGUAUUUUACCUCAAGUGUUUGACUUCAUGCACUGAGAUUCAGACUCUACUUGUACGUAUGUCACUGCAUGCAUAUGAAGGGGUAGACGGAGCGAAUGUUUUAUGUGAAAGCCUUGGAUGUGGUACAGCCAAGACUAUCGAGGUGGAUCACUGGAUGAACGUGAAAGAAUCCACAAAACGGGGGCUGAACUGCGCUGACAUUGACGAUCUGGAACAUCUGUGGCAGUGUGUGACUGCUAAGUCAUCAAACUGCAGACACCCAGCUUCAGUAACCUGCCAAGGUCAUAAGAGAAUACGGCUCCGAGGGAGAGCUGAAAAUGUGUGUUCUGGUUAUCUGGAAGUCGAGAAGGACGGAGUGUGGAUUCCAGCUCAAAGCAACCAAGGCAGUGCUGAAGAGUGGUGUCGGUACACACACUGUGGCUCCAGUGUCAACUACAGUCGGACUGACAACGGUGCUUGGCUGACGUGUACAGGUAAAAGAGUCAGUAAAAUAUACAGUAUAUAAUAACCAAUAACCAAAUAAACCUUUUAGCAAUAUG